AAGACGACAAGACUCUUUGACUUUAGUAGCUUAACCAAACAGUAGGCACAAUGACACAAAAUUAUACAAUUUUGAAAAUCCACCAAUUUCAAAAUCAAUUUCCUAAUUAAUUUAUUUAAAACGCGCCCAACAAAUUUUCCAAACUUUAAGGUCACACCGACAAUUACGAAAUAACAUUCAUGCAUAAUUAAUUUUUAUUAGACUUUGUGAUAACACGACGUAAUGAGACAAGUAAAAAAUGUAUACGUAUUAAAUUUACAAGUUAUUUACACCCAUUCCUACACGCUUUUGUGAUUGAUACCAAACAAGCCGCCGCGUAAAGGAUGAAACCAAAACCGAUUUUUAGAUUAUUAAACUUCAGACACCUCUCCACUAAAACCCCCAAAAACGACUACGUCCUAACCGAAUAUGUAGGCGAUAAAUCCAUCAUAACUCUAAACAGACCCGAAGCGCUAAACGCCUUAAGCACGGACAUAAUGAACCAACUGCGAGACUCCCUGCUGCAAAGCAGCCGCGACAAGUCCCUGAUCAUCCUCAAGGCGUGCGCGGCGAGCAGGGCCUUCAGCUCCGGCGGCGACAUGAAGGAAUUCGCCACCUUCUCGUCCCACCAAUUCAGCUACAUCAGCCUGCUGAUACACGCCAUGGUCCACCUGAUACACGUCUCCAAAAUCCCCGUGGUGUCCUUCAUGCACGGCAUCGCGUACGGCGGCGGCGCCGCCCUGUCCCACUUCAGCCGCUACCAAAUCGCCACGGAAGCCACCCGCUUCGGCAUGCCCGAGGCCAAGCUGGGCUUCCACGCCAACGUGGGCGCCUCGUACUUCCUGAACCGCACCGUCGGCCGCUUGGGGUACUACAUGGCGCUCACCGGGGAGCCGGUGAAGGGGGCCGACGCGGUGCACGCGGGCUUCGCCUCGCAUUAUUGCCUCAGCGAGAACUUGGGGAGGCUGGAGGAAGCGAUACUGCGCAAUAGGCCGGAGGAUGUCGAAGGCGCGCUCGAGGAAGUGUGCGAGAAGAGCCUGCCGGAGUUCACUUUGGCGCCCGAAAUGGAUGUUAUAAACCGGUGUUUCGACGCACCCACCGUUGGAGGUAUUAUUAGGAAAUUAGAUGGUGAAAAGUCCAUUUUCGCUAAAAAUGCUCUUUCUGCGAUAAAGAGCGGCGCUCCCACUUCGCUUGCUGUGACACUGAAGCAGCUGCAGAGAGGUAAAGACUACAGCGUGGAGGACUCGUUGGCGAUGGAGGCCAACUUAUCGGUGAAUUUCUACAAGUUCCCUGACGUUAUAGAAGGUACUCGAAUCGUUCUCGUGGAUAAGGGCGACGCUCCCAAGUGGAGUCCCCCGCGGCUGGAAGACGUUACCGAAGAGUUGGUGGAGAAGCACUUCGAGCAGCACUCUAGCGAGGAUUUCAGGCAACUUAUUCGCCAAUUUCAACGAGUUAUAAACGGCGAGGAAUCGUCUUUAGGUGUAUAAAAAUAUUUGAUUGCAUUUGAAAUAAAUAUAGUGAGAAAU